CUGUGAGGACACUGCAGAGGCCAGUUCCAGACUUUCAGGGCUAGGGAGAGCGAUAUCCUAACGGCAAGACACGGAGAGUCAGUAAGUAAAUACCUGCUUUUAUUCUAACACAUAAUCACUUUCCUCUGUCUGUGCCUUCCUAUCAUUACAUAUUUUCAUAUCUCUGCUACUUGCUACAAAUUCAAUUACAAAUAAAACAAGUUCUUAUAUGGAUCGCAGAAAAGUAUUGUGAAAGUUUUCAGUAUGUCAUUACAAUGGAAGAUGUUAAUUGUUUUUCUAAAAUUAACUUCUGUCCUUGAGCACUAUAUUUUGGAUUUAUUCACUAGACCAGGAAUUGAGCGAGAAAUCUUAGGUUCGAAAACAAUAUCUGCAAAAAUAUCAUGGAGCGAUAAUUUUCCCAUCUCUUCUGUUUAGACCUAAACUUUGCAAUUCUCUUAUAAAUUCUUCGCAAUUUACAACUCAUCAAUCUAAAUAAAUCAGAACCCUGUCCACCUAAUCUAAUUUUCACAAUGCGGUAAGGAUUCAAUGAUCAGUUAUAUAUGAAUACAUUAAAUAGAAAUACUCUUUUUUUUUUUUUUUAACUCAUUUGUGAUCUGCACGUGCAGCAUUUUAAACCCAUAGUAAGAAUUGGUUUUAGGGAAUAUGUUCACGUUUGUAUAUUAUGUGUUUCCACAAAAAAAUUUAAAUAGGUUCAUAUUGUGAUGCACUUUAUUCACAUUUUAUUUUCAAAAUAUAAUUUUACUACAAUGGAAUAGAAUAUUGCUGCUGUUUUGCAUUGUUUUUCUCUAAAGUUUGAAUACAAACAGAUUUUAAUAUUUAAGGUUAAAAUAGCCAAACUGGAAAAAUUCUCUGAUACAGCUAUGCAUUCAGUUCGGCUACUCUGGACUUCAAUUUGAAAUUCACUUUGAAUUCUCACUUUAGCAAAUCACCCUGUUAGUUUUGAAGUAAUCGCUUCCAGUAUACAUGCCAGAGGAUAGUAGCUUCUUAUGUCUAGAAACUUUUCCAGCUCUUAUAAUCUUCAACUGGCAAAGACAGUUGAAGAUCAUGGCACUUGUAGUGCAGCACAAGCUGGAAGAUCAUAUUUUAGUUAUUCCUGGUUCAUAUUAUUUUUAAAUGCAAACAAAUAAAUAAUAGAUUCUAUCAUUAUUAUUAUUAGAAUUAUUAUUAUAGCGCUAGUAUGUUCAACAACACUGUACAAUUUUACAAGAGAUAGGGUUAUUCAUAUAAAGGUACACUCCACUGCCCAUAUUAUAAAAAUACAUAUAUCACUGUUUAGUAUACAUAUCCCCAAAGCAAACAUGCAUGUAUUUAAUUAUGCAUUUUUUUCCAUUGGUGAUAUAUCUGAAAACAGCUUGAUAAACCUGCAGAUCUCUUGUAUGUAGCCUUUACAAGCCCUUCACCUUCUAACCCCGUCCAGACUUUCUGUGGUUGUCCAAUCACAGACUUCCCAAUGCACCUCCAUGAGAUGUCUUUGCAAGGCAGGUGCUCUGAGAAACUGCAGUCUCUUGAAUUUAGCUCCACUGCUUACAACCAGAAAGAAACAGGACCGGUUGUCUGAUUGACAGACUGGAGGUGUAAAGAGGUUAAUUCAUAAAAGUAACCAAAUUACAAUAGAGUCUGACAGGUGCCAAUAGGCAUGUCACACACAAAUAAGUCCCCCCACAAAAUAUAUGAAAAAUAAUACAUCUUUAAUAGGGUAACAUUAGAAAAAAUAUGGUAAGGGAACUUGUAACACUGACUAGGAGACAAUCAAGCUGUACUGUAUAUAAUUACUUCUAGAAUUUGCUACAUUUCAGUUCCUCUCUGAUAUCCAGCCUAUUUUAACUGAUGUGGUGGGUUUUUUGGUAUGAGUCCACUUACCAUAUUUGUUUGCUAUUGUUACCCUAUUAAAGAUUUAUUAUUUUUUUCAUAUUUUUUGGGAGAGACGCAUUUGUGUGUGACAUGCCUAUUGGCACCUGUCAGACACUAUUAUAAUUUGGUUGUUUUUACAAAUGGGUUACCCCUUUACGUAAGUCUCUCUAGCCGACUUAUUAGUUCUCACUUCAGUAGAAAUUUUUCUAUACUAAUUUAUAAAAGUACCAAUUUGUAUUAAAAUUUUACUUUUUGUAAAAUGGAAAAAAAAGAGGACACACUCUUCGCAUAUAAGCACUUCGGCCAGGUACCUAGAAUAUUGUGUCCACAAAUGGAAACUUUCUAAUAAAGGAACACUGCAAAAACCGUACCCACUGCAGCCCAGUGUAUUGCUUAUAGUGCCAGGAGUACUCUCCCAAAGUAAAUAGCAAAACUGGGUUCAACACUUACAUUGGUCCCACCAAUGCCUCCUCCACUACUGAGGAGCUACUGUUAGCUGCAAUGAGCUGUUUCAUCGGGUGAGAGUGUCAGCUGAUUGAUCUCAGCAAAUUAAACCAUUAAAGUGCUUAGUUACUCACUUUGGGAACACUCCCAACCACUUCAUCUCUUUGUAGUUGUUAUGGUGGCAGAAGUGCCAAGGUUAAAGCAGUUUAAAAUGUUUAACCCUAAAGUUGGUCCCCCCAUCAGCUCCUACUAAUCAGUCAGUGAUAGGUUGAAAGCAUAUCCAAGGUUGAACCCUGAGGAGAAUAUAUCUUCAUCCAGGGUGACCACAUUUAUUUUUUAAAAAUCACGGUAAUUUCAUGAAUAGCAGCGGUCAGCUUUUCCAUUUUAAUGAAAGACCAUGUCUUAUCAUUAACUGUGUUUGAGUUGAGAAGGUGGCCUCGCCCAGGAUAGGACCUUAAAAUGGAGCUCACAAUAUUAAGGAGCUUGGCAGACCAAAAAAGCUAGGUGUGCCUGGAAGAACAUUUCCCCUGACUAGGAGGUGUCGAAUUGUGAUCAUUUUUUUCACUGUGUAUAUGUGGCAAAAAAAAUAAAUACAUUUAUACUGGUUCCACUGAGUCAAGAGGUGAUCUAGAUGUGUAAACAUGGGUCCAUAGUUCUGCACGGGAUGGUCAAGUUGACUUUUCUGUCUUUUACGUGCCUUUCAAAGAAGACAAACAACAUCAAGAGAAAAGGAUAUUUAGUAAUACAUCAUUUUAAGUCAAUGCAGAUUAGCUGGCUGGCAUUUUCAUCCAAUAGUUAUCCCCUAUAAAAUAAAACAAUGUUUAGUGACUAUAAAAUGCCCAAAUAGCUUAGCCCAACCCAAAGGUAUGUUACGAAAUACAGACUUCCAGAGCAGUAAAACUAGACAGGCCCAAUAACUUUUAGAUGCAUGUUUGAAAGUUUCUAAAUGUGCCAUUUAUAUCUAUUUAUAUAAGCAGAACAUUCAUAAAUUGAAGGACUCCAGAUAAUACUCAAGGUCCUGUCGAUAUUUUGGGUUUUUAUACUAAACAAGGUUAUAAGUACAACUUUCACCUAGGAGUGAAAACGACAAAUUAUUUCAGCAAGACACAGUAUGCAUCAUAGAUUGUGCACCGGUAUGAGACACCUACAACCAUACCAUUAAAACGCAUACAUCUGUUAACCUGUAACAAGCAUAAUAAAAACCAACGUGAGCUAUCACUCUACAUAUAUUGCUAUUAUAUGCGCAGUUAUCUUGUAUCUUUUAAUUAAGCACUGUUAUCUGUUAUGCUGCUACUGUAUCACUCCUGACACCCUACCUGUCCCUCACUAUUAAAUGACAUAUUUUUCCUUUGUAUCUCUCGCCAAGUUAACAUAAUGUACUUUUUAUUUCUUUGCAGGUAUCAUGGCUCUCCCAUUUGUCAUCCUCUUACGCCUUUGUUGUCUUGCUUCCCUUCCUUUCCUUUCCUACACCUCUAGGUGCACCUCGUUUCUGGCUAAAUCUCGCUUGGUUCAGUCCUGCCAAGCCCAAGGACUUCAAUCUAUCCCCUCAGAUAUUCCUCAGGAGACUCAAAUUCUGCUCCUUAAUUUCAACAACAUUGAGUCUGUCACUCAGCAUGCUUUCCCAGACCUCCAGUUCCUAGAGGCCCUCUCCCUUGGUGCCCAGAAAACCGUGGGCUCCUUCAUCGUUGGGGAAGAUGCUUUCCAUAAUUUGCCAAACCUGAGAUCUCUUGACCUGGGAGGUAAUCACAAUCUCAUCCUCCACCCUAAAGCCUUCAGAGGUUUAUCUAGAUUGGAAAUUCUUCUUCUGGAUUCCAAUGGGUUGAAUGAGUCUGUUCUUGAGUCUGAUUUACUUAUGGAACUACCUUCUCUCCAGAAAAUUGACCUCUCUUUUAAUCAGAUACACAGACUACGUCCUGAUCCCAGCUUCCUGCAGUUAAGUUCAAUUUCUUCUAUCCUAUUGAAGUUCAACAAAAUAAGUGCGCUAUGUGGAGAUGAUCUCCGGUAUUUGCAAGGAAGGAGAAUUAAACUUCUUGAUCUUUCCUCCAACCCCCUAAAAUAUGAUAAUCUCUCCUGCACCAAUCCCUUUAAAAAUAUAACAUUAGGAAUCUUAGACAUUUCAUCAAUGGCUUGGGAUGCAAAAAAGGUGGAAAACUUCUUUAAAACAAUUUCAGGGACACAAGUUGAAAAUAUCACAAUGAGGUAUAAUGCUUUGCUGGGGAGUGGAUUUGGGUUCCAAAAUCUGAAAGACCCUAGCAAGGACACCUUUUCUGGGCUCAACUCCAGUAAAAUACAUAUAUUGGAUCUAUCCAAUGGCUUCAUUUCACAUCUGGCCCCUCAACUCUUCUCUGGUCUAUCUGAGCUGUUGUCCCUUGAUCUCUCAUCUAAUAAAAUCAGUGGGCUCAGUCCAGGGGCAUUUUUAGGAAUGGGAAGAUUGGUGAGCCUCAAUCUGUCAAACAACUUCCUAGGAGAGAUCCUGAGUAAUAGUGUUAAAGACCUAGAAUCCACCUCUCUAAGAGCUCUGGAUCUCAGUUCCAACCACAUUGGAGUCAUUCAGUAUGGAUCACUGGAUGUCCUUGCUUCCUUGGAAUCAUUCAACAUUAGAAAUAAUGCCCUUACAAGAAUACCACCAGUCAAACUCCCACGCGCUACUCUUGUGAUAUUAAAACAGAACCGGAUUACAGACACUUUUGGCCUCACUACCUUUUGUCCCCUUGUCACUUUCUUGGACCUUUCAAGCAAUCGUUUGACAGACUUAAGGUCUUUGUGGGGCAUCCUUGAGCUAAGGAACUUGCAAUACCUACUGUUAGGUAGAAAUCAACUUUCACAUUGCUCCCCUGUAACUGCUGGCAAACAUACAAGAACAAGUGGUUUAUUGUUUUUAGACAUGUCAAAUAAUGCCCUGGGGACAGUGUGGAAAUCUGGUCAAUGUGGGGAUAUCUUUAUGGGCUUGGAACAACUCCACACAUUAAAUUUAUCCAAGAAUGACCUCACAUCACUUCCUGAGAACUUGUUUAGAGGGUUGCUGAGUCUACACACUCUUGAUCUAUCUCAGAAUCAGCUGACCCGCAUACAGAGUGGACUAUUCCUUGGACUUGGAACACUGAAAAGUUUGAAUUUAGGGAGCAAUACCCUGAUUACACUGUCAGACUCAAACCUGGAGCCCCUGAGUUCCCUGAGAACAAUAGACUUGUCAGAAAUUACAUUUGUAUGUCACUGCGAUUUAGGGAAUCUCUUUGACUGGCUUUUGGCCAAUAAUGUAACUGUGCAUUUUGGGGCUAAUACGAUUUCAUGCAUUCAGGCCACUCCAAACGUCUCAGACACUUCCCUGAUCAACUUCUUAAGCAAUUGUUAAUAAAUUAUUUUUUCCUCUUAGUUUUAGUCAUCUUUCUUUGUCAUACAUUCUGAUUUAUUCUCUAACAUUCCUAUUACUGCCAUUGUACUUUGUGGCUCAAUCUGCACUCUACCCACAAAUCAGAAAGUAAUGUGUAAGGGGAGAGGUUUAGGAUGAACUAUGUAAGCUCAUGGAGCAGGAUCCUCCACCCCUCUGUUCCUGUACGUCCAGUUGUCUGGUUACAAUUACAUUUCUGUUAGUCCACCCAUUGUACGGCGCUACGAAAUCUGAUGGCACUAUAUAAAUAAUUAAAUAAUAAUGAUAAUAAUAAUAAUAACUAAUCAAGUAAAAUAAAUUAGAAACAUAAAACUUCAGAGGAAUGUUCAACAAGUUUCUUCUACAAUCAUUGGGAGAUCCGACAAACCUUCUGAUAUAUUUUACUCAAAUGUGUCAACGGAUGCCUAGAUGUUUGUUUUGGUUUCGCAUCUUUUGCUAUAGUAGUUUAGCUGAGGCUUGUGAGCUUUUUAAACAUAUCCCUAAUGUGACUCAGAGACAGUGAUAGUUAAUAGUGAGCACUUGGUACUUGGUAUCGCCAUCUGAUGUUCAAAUAUUCCCACUUGAUGCAGAUCUAAAUUUGUUCGCCAUGAUUGUCAUGUUGACUUGAGCAAGUGAUCAACCACUACAACUUGAGUAUUUAUGGUCAUGUGUAUCAAGGGUAGUCAACAGCUCUCUAAUGCUCUACCAAAGAUCAGUCAAAGAUCAAUCAAGGGUUAUCAUGGAUGUUGUAGUUCAAGAACAGCUGUAGAGCUACAGGUUUAAUAUCCCAAUUUUUUUCAAUAAAUGUACAACAACGAUAGGCAUUAUCCAUAUAUGUUGCUGCUGCUGCUUUUAAUAUUGUAACUCGGGCAUGUCAAUGUAUUUAUCGGGAAGAGAAGUUGUUUACAAUUUGUCAUUUAUCUUCGUAAUAUAAAUUGGCAUAAUGUAUGUAAUGCCUUUAUUUCUAUUUAUAUUCUACAAUAAAUUUAUGUUCAUGGUUUUACAUUCCAGUGUCUUUUUGUCUGUG